UGAACGCGUGCUGAACGAACAUGGCCUUCGCAGGUGAAGCAUCGCCCGUCAAGAAACAGAGACUUUCCUCGCCGGACUCCUCAACGUUGCACGCCAACAACAACAACAACUUCAACAACAUGAACGUGGCGCUGACGCCGGCGCCCCGCGGCCGGGGGCGCAAGUCGGCGCAGACCUUCGUGCAGGUCAUCCCCGGGCAGCCGGUGUCCGUGGCCCGACGCAACGCCCGCGAACGCAACCGCGUCAAACAGGUCAACAACGGCUUCUCCAACCUCAGGCAACACAUCCCCUUCACGUCCAGAAACAAAAAGAUGAGCAAGGUGGAGACUCUGAAGUGCGCCGUCGAGUACAUCCGCGGAAUGCAAAUCAUGUUGGAGGAAAACGGCGGCUACCACGUUGACCUCACGCAAAACGUGUCCUCCUCGUCACCAAUGUCCAGUUUGCUGGACGACGACGAGUCGCUGAUUUACGAGGCUUCGGCCCAGCACCAGGACAACACGCCGACGUCAUCCAGCGUUAUUGUUGACGAAUACGGCAACCAGUACUUCGGCAACGCGGCCGAGGUGUCCGUCCUCACGCCCACCUCGAUGGUCCUGCAGCAGCGACAAGGGUCAUCCCUGUCACCCGGCUACAGCGACCGCUCCUCCAACUCGCCGGCCACCGCCUCCGAGGUCACCAGCACCGGCUACAUGGGAGUCUUUGCCGCGGCCGCCGCCGGCCUUGUUUGCCACAAGGACGAGUCGGCGAUGACCAGUCUGGGCUUGAAAAAGGAGAUGCUGGACGAGGAAGACGUCAAAAUGUUCCAAAAGGGUGGAUUUCUGCAGAUGGACGCCGCGAUGACCGCCGCCGACGUCAGCAUGAUGGAAACGAACUUGUGGUGGGAGCUCGAGCAGUCGCGACGGAUGCAGCAGCAACAACACACGGCGUGAUGUAGAGCCCAGGCUAAUUAAUUAGGUUGUAAAAAAUGCAAAGCCCUGUCAAGGAAGUCCCUUUCGGAGAUCUCGCCCGUGGUGCCUUUCUCGCUCGUCCAAUUGAUGACUUGCCAUCUCGAGGAUGCCAUCAGUGUAAAUAGAACUUACGGAGAGCACAAAAACGAAAUUUGAGAAGACAAAAAUAUGAGCUUGUGGCACAAAUCUGAAAGCCAGGAAAUGAAAAAAAAAUGAAGUGCCUUGUUAAUUAUUUUUAUAAAAUGUAUACAAACUUGCUGAACUAUUAUAAUAGACUGGUGAAAUUUUUUAUCAUUUUUAAUUCACUUAAAAAAUUUUAAUUAUAAAUUUUGCAAAAUUUUGUCUUAUUCAUAUGUGUAAGACUAAAAACGACCAAUGGAAGUCAUAGCUUUAAUAAAAAAUAAAAAAAUGAUUUUUGAAAGUUCUAUGUUCUUUUGGCAGAUUAAUAAAUUUUUAUAUGUGAGAAUUUUUCACCAGUUUAUAUACAAAAAUCCUAAAAGACAUUGUGAUAAAUUUUAGCAACCAGCAUUCCAGUGAAUCAAACAAUGCCGCCGACCAAUAUAAGACAGCAAUAAUAAAUUCUCCUGGCAAUCAAUAAAGGCAAUUAAAAGCUCCUGUGCCUUGUGAAUUAUUGCAACUUUUGAAAUUUAUCUCUCCUCUCCUGUCUCAAUGGUGCUAUCGCUGAUCAUUAUCUUGACCAAUUGAUAUUUUCUCGUCGUUAUUUGCUUGUAAUAAUACACCGCAGAAGCCUCUGUCUAUUGUAACCUUUUUUCGAAACACCUUCUUAGGUCUGUUCAUUAAUUUUAUUGCUACUUUUAUAAUUACUCUCAUUUAUACUGAUCUCCACCCGCGAUUUUGUCUGUUCGAUUAUCUCAUCUGCCAUAUAUAUGAAUUUUGCCAGCCUCCGUGCUGCAAUUUGUAACAUUAUUAUAUCUUGUUUUGCUUCUCUGCAAAUCUGCUGUACAUAAAAUUAUGCCCCUUAUGGAAAUAUUUAUUUUUUGUACCAUAUUAUUACGCUCGAUGUAUUUUUAUAAAUGCAUUUACAGGCAGUCUACUUAAUCAUUAUACUCUG